CGGGCUGGCACCCCAGACUGGACACAGACAAGACUCUAGAUAGACUAGACCUAAUAUACUUUCCAUAAGCCUUACGGUUAGCCAAGCUGGUCUCGAGCCUGGUAAGCAGGUUUGAUUGUCAUGAAUCAUCGACAGCCAAUUGUGUCGGUAUACAAAAGCUAUAUUCAUGAGAUUAGACGAUUGCCCCAUGCUUACCUUCGUCGAUUUUUCCGUCUAAAGGCAGAGGAUGACUGUCGCGCUGCGCUGCUGACCAAAUGUGAUGAUCACAGGACGGGUAAGUUGAAGAGAGUUUCAAAGACCAUACAACAACUUCGUGCAGCAAAUAAUGGCAACCACCAUGCCUUUAACCGUAUCCUGGACCUCGCUUACGGUCGGGUAGGUAGGCUAAGGUGGGAAUUGAUGGAGCCCUUACUGUCUGACCCAAACGCAACACUUCCUCCACCAAUCAUCCCCGGCAAAGAAUCCUCGCGCCCUCCCGUAUACUCUCAAGAGCUUACCGCACUUCUCACUUCGGGUCUGUCCCGCAGGAAAAGACCUUUGGCACCAGGCGACCUCAGCUUCCCACCAAUACUUCCCGAACGUGCAGACCCUAAUUCAUCUGAUGCCCAGAUACUAGGUCCUUUCAGUAAGCGCCGGGAAGUAAACGCUCGCUGGAAGUACUUCAGACAAGAGUGGAAGAAAGUGCUUCCACCUCUCCAGAUCUCCGUUUCGCCUUCUCGAGAAGACGGCCACGAAGGCAGCGACUCGGGUACUGCGACUGUUGUCCGGAAAAUAGGCUUCUACGAUACCACUGUCCUCGAGGAGCUGGUUCGAUUAACAACAAAGCCGAAGAACACAUCUGGUGCUUUUCUUCCAAGACGAUGGUUGCGCAGGAGAUACCAGGAGUUGCUGGGGAGGAUCCCCAUUCUUACAUUCAUGUCAGCACGCAAAGACAUGAAAACCAAAAAGCCUGGCGGCUUCUCUGUGUCAUUGGCACCGAAUGCGCUCAAAGCACGUAGUCAAGGGCGAUCACUACCCUGCGCGACGGACGACGAUGUAGCGUGGAAUCUAAAAGCAUCCGGCGAGCAGUAGUACAGCACGAGUUAGAGGUUGUCAUCAUCAGGAGGAAAUCACAAUCGUCCACGAGCAAUUACUGGGUUUUAACAAGUAGUUGGAAAAUUUUUAGUGGCUUGGUGCAACGAAUAUCCAGCGCAAUCUAUCCCGUAUGGCCAUUCUGCAAGCAUGAAGGAGAUAUUCCCCGCAAGGUACUAGUUAUAAAUAUACAAACAUAACUAGAUGUUUG